ACAUGUUUCUGCCCAAGAAUCACUUCGCGCAGGGGGCGGGGUUCAGUAAUCUGGAGUAUGGGUUGAUGGCGGAGUACCUGGGGAAGAGCAAGUUGGCUGCCGAGGCUACAAACAAUGCCGCCCCGGAUACCGGGAACAUGGAGGUGCUGGCCAAGUACGGCAACGACGCCCAGAAGCAGCAAUGGUUGACUCCGCUGCUGGAAGGCAAGAUCCGCUCGGCCUUUCUGAUGACGGAGCCCGAGAUAGCGUCGAGCGAUGCGACCAACAUCCAGCUGGAUAUCCGCCGGGAGGGGGACGAAUAUGUUCUGAACGGCUCGAAAUGGUGGUCCUCUGGCGCCGGCGACCCGCGAUGCAAAAUCUACCUGGUGAUGGGCAAAACCGACGCCCAAAACCCGAACCCCUACCGGCAGCAAUCCGUGGUGCUGGUGCCGGCGGGGCUCCCGGGCAUCACCAUCCACCGCAUGCUGCACGUAUACGGGUACGAUGACGCGCCGCACGGGCACGGGCACAUCAGCUUCACGAACGUGCGCGUGCCCCACGGCAACAUGGUGCUGGGCGCCGGGCGCGGGUUCGAAAUCAUCCAGGGCCGCCUGGGGCCCGGGCGGAUCCACCACGCGAUGCGCACCAUCGGCGCCGCCGAGCAGGCCAUCGAGUGGAUGAUCGCGCGCAUCAACGACGAGCGCAAGACGCCCUUCGGCCAGCCGCUGGCCGCCCACGGCGUGAUCGUGGAAUGGCUGGCCAAGUCGCGCAUCGAGGUCGACGCCGCGCGUCUGAUCGUGCUCAACGCCGCCAUCAAGAUCGACCGCGGCGAUGCCAAAGCCGCCCUCACCGAGAUCGCCCAGGCCAAGGUGCUGGUGCCCCAGACGGCCCUGACGAUCAUCGAUCGCGCCGUGCAGUCUUACGGCGCGGCUGGGGUGUGUCAGGAUACGCCGCUGGCUUAUCUGUGGGCGCUGGUACGGACCCUGCGCAUCGCCGAUGGGCCGGACGAGGUGCAUCUGCAGCAGCUGGGCAAGAGGGAGAAUCGCCGGCGCCGCGAGGCCGUCGGGCAGAAGUUGGCCUGGCAGAGACAGGAGAGUGAUCGGAUUUUAUCUGUGCAUGGAUUUGCAAAGGCUCAUUUGUAGUUUUUAAAUUCAUAUCAUGAACUACUACUCAUGUUGAACAGAAUCAAUUUCUAUAUCAUCCAUAUAGUGAUAUUUUUCAUUAAUCAUGCUGGUUUUUUAUAUACCGAACCCAACGCCUC